AUGUCUGAUCGUGAUAAGGAGCAGGAAAAAGAAUCAUCUGUACAGGAUUCAAAAAAGAGAAAAUUAGAUGAAUCAAGUCCCAUUAGCAUACCGAGCACGUCUAAUGUUGCCGCGAAUUUACCUUUAUGGGUUGCAGGUGGCUCUCCUGCAAAGUUUUGUACUCAAAAUGAGCUCUUGAAUUUGUCCAAAGAAUUAGAGAAUUUGGCUUUAGUUCAUGAAAUAGCUAUUGAUCCAAGUUUCAGCAUUCCAGAAACCCCCGAAGAUCCCAUAAGAAGCUCUGUUCAAGACUCAAUGAGAAGAGCUUUCUGGGACCUGUUGCGCAAAGAUUUAACAACUUCUCCUCCCAGCUACACAAAUGCUUUCAAUCUCCUUCUUGAGAUAAAAGAAAUUAUCUUGACCGAUAUACUCACAGAUCAACAUGUUAGGUUAAAAUCAGAAAUACAGCAUCGCAUCGACGAAGAAACACUAAGGGCAAAGUUAGAACAAGAUUCAUUUCACGUUGAGCCUAUUGCUCGAUUCAUUCUGGAUUUUUUGAGUCGGUUAUGCUCUCCUGCUCGUGAUGCAACUAUUGAGAACAUCAAAAAAGAAACUGGAAUCGUAGAACUACUGAGAGGAAUCAUGGAGCUGCUUGAUGUAAUGAAAGUUGAUAUGACCAAUUAUACGAUUUCUGUUAAUCGUGCUGCUGUGGAGAAACAUAGCGAAAAACUAGAGUUGCAAGUUUUCCUGAAGUUAUUAGAGCAGGAUCCAGGUGGAGCAGAUCUCACCAAAAAAUGGAUUGCUGACGCCUUUCUAGAGGUGUUUCCCCCUGUAACUGAAGAAUCUGUCAAAAGAGAAAAGAUAGAUAAUGAUGAUAAGGACGAGCUCACGAAAACCACUAGUAAAGGUUACGUGAAUUUGAUAAUUUCUGAGAACCCAUCACCGUUUCCCGAAACUUUGCAAAUUGAUAAACUAAGACUCAGGAGCCUAGCAGAGAAAUACUUGCAAGUGUCUAUAGUCACUACCGCAAUAUUUGUUACUUCGAAUAUUGCUGGAAAAGAUAUAGCACAAAGUGAAGGUUUCAAGGAUCAGGUCAAACGUAAUCUCAUAGCUAUUAGUAAUGAUAUUGAAGAGAAAACACUCAAUGAAACAGUCGAUGGAAUAGCUGAACAAUGCGUGAAAGAUUUGAAAGAAGCAUCUGAAAAACUACAAAAAGAGUUUACCGAAGAGCAACAGCAGGUUUUACGCUCACAAAUCAAGACUAUCAAAGAACCCACGCAAUCAGUACGGCAAUUAGUUGAGAAAAGAAUAAGCAAUUUCAUUGAAGGCGUUCUCCGAGCUCCAACAUCACCACAACGGUUACUACCUGGUCUAUCAGUAGUUCAAUCAGAAUUAUAUGCAUUCAUCUCCAAGUUUUUACGGAUAUGCCUGCAUAAUCGCAAAACUUAUGAAACAUUUUAUGCAAAAGUUCUAGAAGAGCUCAAGAAUUCAAGCCCUCCUGAAUAG